GACAGCGCAGGUCUGAACUGCAACAUCAAUAGCAGCCUUCAGCAUAAUAGCGCCGCUGCCGCUGCUGCGGGAUCCUCCGGGGAGCGGGUAGAAGGCGACGGCGGUGUUUCUGUCAGCCUGCCGUCAGUUGAAGCUUAUUUCUCGGUCUCGUUGAUUUUUUUUCCUGCGUUAUCUGAAGCGAGGGUCCUGCUGGAAGAGGAGUAACAAGCCGGGGAAGGAGGUGACAUGCCCUUCACUGCUUGGCGCAGUCGGUGCGCUGACCGCUGUCAGACUUGAACGAGGUGAAGACCGGAAUGGUGCAUUUGAGUUUCUUUUUUCAACGCUGAAGGAGCCCGGCUCGGUUUUCAGUCCGUUUCUGGAUUAUUUUCCCGAGGGGAAUUACAACAAUACAUGCCCGGUUGCGGAGCCGGAGCGACGGGAGAAUGCAGCACAGCGGGUGUUUGGCUGCAGGUGGAUGGCCAACCUGACGGUCCCAGCCGCCGCUUCCCUCCCGUUCAGCCGCCGCUGCCGCUGCAGCAGCCGCUCUGGCUUCACCCGGAGCUCUGAAAACAAACUGAAAACCAAAAAGAAAGACCAAAUCAGACAAAUAAACCCGAGCCAUGCUUCCAGGGGUCGGCGUGUUCGGCACCAGCCUGACCGCCAGGGUGAUCAUCCCGCUGCUGAAGAAUGAGGGCUUCGCCGUUAAAGCGCUGUGGGGCCGGACACAGGAGGAGGCGGAGGAGCUGGCCAAGGAGAUGAACGUACCGUUUUACACGAACCGGAUCGACGACGUGCUGCUUCAUCAAGAUGUAGACCUGGUCUGCAUCAACCUGCCGCCGCCUCUGACGCGACAGAUCGCAGUCAAAACACUGGGUAUUGGAAAGAACGUCAUCUGCGACAGGACAGCCACGCCUCUGGAUGCCUUCCGAAUGAUGUCAGCGGCCCAGUACUACCCCAAGUUGCUGAGCAUUAUGGGAAAUGUGCUACGUUUCUUGCCGGCUUUUGUUCGAAUGAAGGAGCUCUUAGAGGAAGGGUACAUUGGGGAGCUUCUGGUCUGUGAGGCCCAGGUCCACAGUGGUAGUCUCCUGGGGAAGAAAUACAACUGGAGCUGUGAUGACCUAAUGGGAGGUGGUGGUCUGCACUCAGUGGGCAGUUACAUCAUCGACCUGCUUACGUUUCUGACGGGCCAGCGUGCAGCAAAAGUCCACGGCUUCCUAAAGACCUUCGUCAAACAGACAGAUCACAUCCGGGGCAUCCGUCAGAUCACCAGCGACGACUUCUGCACAUUCCAGAUGGUACUGGAGGGAGGCGCCUGCUGCACCGUCACACUCAACUUCAACGUCCCAGGAGAGUUUCGUCAGGAGGUAAUCGUCGUAGGUACCGUCGGGCGGUUAACGGUCACAGGGACGGACCUGUACGGGCAGAAGAACAGCGGGGGUGGAGGAAGUGGUGGAGGCCCUGAACUACUGCUCAAAGACACCACGCCUCUUGAGAAGGCUUCUUUACCAGAAAAGGCCUUCAGUGACAUUCCGUCUCCGUAUCUCACCGGGACGAUCCGCAUGAUCCAGGCCGUGCGGCUGGCCUUUCAGGACCAAGAUGACCGGCGGACGUGGGAUGGGAGGCCUCUGACAAUGGCUGCCACCUUUGAGGAUUGCCUUUAUGCUCUUUGCGUGGUGGAUACCAUCAAGAAAUCCAACCAGUGUGGGGAAUGGCAGAACAUUGUGGUGAUGACAGAAGAACCAGAGGUCAGCCCAGCCUAUUUAAUCAGCGAGGCCAUGCGGCGGAGCAGAAUGUCACUCUACUGUUAGCAUCUGGCCUAUGUGCUAAUCUCAUCAGGAUGGCUGAACGCCUGUGUUACUUUAAAAACUGGAGGUGGCGCUGGAAGGGCCUUGGUAUUGUUGGAACUUUUUUCAUUCAAUUACCGGCUUUAGUUCUUAAAUUCAUCACUGGUUUAUUUUAAUACUGUCAAGUCUGUAUUGCUACUAUUACAGACAGAGAGGUUACACCACUAUAAUACAGAGAGUUAUGGUUCCUGACACCCUAACUCCACAGUACAGGAAAAGCAAUGUGAUUAAUAAUCAAACCUUUAUUUAUGAGGAAGUCUCUCCUGUUUAUUUCCCUUUGUCAGAGGACUUGAGCCCUUCCAGGGAGAUGCAUUUGUAAAUCAAACUGAUUCAUGCAACAGAAAGACAAGAUACAGUCCUACAGUGGAGGCAGACCUGGGAGUGAAACUAAUGCUACUGUGUUCUGCUUGACCAUAAGGGUAUUGCGCCUCUCAUCUCUACUCCUCCUCCACACGACAGGGUCUGGAAGUCAACACCUUACACUGUGGGUCCGAAUAAGGACAGCCAAGGAAGAACGACAGUCCUCUCAGUUAAAACUGUGCCGCUCUAUUGUUGCUAUAAUCUGAAGUACUUGCUAGUUUUACCAAGUGAAUGUUUAAAAAAAAAAAAAAUCAGUGUGCUUGAUAGCUUCAGUCUGUGUCUGCUCUGUAUGCUUCCUCUGUAUGUGUGAAACAAGAGAGAAAAAAAUCAAUAGUUUGGCUGGUGGGUUUUCAGAGGGGGUUUACCUUCUGGUUUAUGUAUGCAAUAUAUUCAGGCUGUAGUCUGCAGCAGAAAUACUUUUAUCUUCCAGCCUGGGUCAAGGGUUAAGAUGCACUAUGGUAUGCCUUUAUGCAGUUACAGUAGCCUGUGAAUAAGUUUGCGAAUCCUGUAUGAGUGGCCAAAGUAGUGAUACUUUUAUUCUAUGCUUUUUCUGUCAUCAUUAAGCAUAGCCAUGAAGUAUACUGAAUUCUGUGUGAUGUGUUAGUACACAUCUGUACUGAGCCUUAAGUGUGGGUAGUGAUGCAGUAUUGCACUAAGUUGCAAGUAAAUACUAAGCUAUAUAGGGGUUUUAUCCACAUAUUGCAAUACAGUGCAAUACAGCUAGAAGCUAAUGUCAUUUAGUGUGUGACAUGCUUCAUAAAGCCUCUCUAACAUGCAGUAACGUGCAAGCUUGUCAGCAUGCUUUGCAUGCAAGUUCAGUUUGGACCCAAACUUACAGUAAGACUGGAAAUUUGCAACCAAUUAACAGCAGUAGAUAGUGGAAUAGAGGUGUUAAAGGAUGUUAAAGGCUGGUGUUAUUCUUAGUGUGAGAAAAUCCCAUGGAAAGACCAAAACCAAAAAAGUGUUCAUCAUCUGUUCCUCAGUACUGUCUGAGUUGCUUACUGAUACCCAUUGAUGCCUACUGCAGAUGUAAGUCUUUAAAGCUGCACCAAUCAAUAUUUGUUCAUCAACAAUGGGUCAGAUGACUGUGUGUAAUAUGAAAGUUAUUGCUUGACAGACUCAUUGAGUGUUAUCCCCUCAGCUCAAAGUAGCUUUUUAGCAUUUUUUGACUCAUCAUUUUCAUUAUACAGUCUGUAACUUUGCAGUCUCGCAUUUAGUCAUGGACUGAUGCACACACUUGCAGGUCUAGGAUAGUGUAUGUAGGAUAUACUCAAACAAUGUAGCACUAUGGCACAGAGGAAAAAAUAUAUCAGCUUUUUGGCUACAUAGGCAGUACUUAUGAGUAUAGGAUCAAUUCACUGUUGGUUUUUGUCUUUUCAGAAAACAAACCAUCAGAAAGUAUUUGCAAAUACAGUUUGACUUAAGGUUUGGUAUCACUCAAUACAGGUGAAAGAACAACACUGACCUACAAGCCAAAAGAUUGAUUUUUAUGCAUCUCUGUCCCCCAGUGUGGUUUCAAGUUCUUAAGCUGUGCUGAAAUACUAUCUAUGUAACGACUACUGAAAAAGAACAUAUGAAAAUAUUAUAAAACAAUAUGUGUUUGUCUAAAGAAAUAAACAAGUACUGUAUGUAUUUUAUUUGUAAAAACCAAGGAACUGAAACAUGUUUCGGUUGAGUGUUAAGGUAUUUAUUCUUUGUUUUUGCUGUUGAAGUUUUGUGGACUGACCUGCAGUGUAUUUGGGAGAUUAACAGCAGACUGAGGCCUUGGAGCAUUCAGCUUCUUAGUUUUCCAUUUAUGAAAUAUUUACCAAAAUAGUCUUCUUUUAAACACACUGUUGUGAAAGAAUGCUUUAUGUUUGAGCUGAAGAUCAGCGAAGUGUCAUAAAUCAUCACAGUCAUAAUCUAACAUAACCACACUGUCAUCGAGUGCAAGCUCUGAUAUGAAAAGUCAAUAGCUGUAACUGUUCAUAGGUCGUAGUAUCUAACAGUAAUGUCUGACCCCUUUUAUUGUUUAGUGUUUUGAUUUGUUGUGACACUCCAUGCUGCGGUCAGAGCAUAUUACAACCCAUGCUGUGGUGUGAUCAGCUACACACAACUUUGUAACACUCAGUGUAGUUAGAUGUUUCAGGACAAAAUAAGCAGCAUUGCUAACCAGUCUGCCUGAAAAACACUGAUAAGCUAUCUCAAGUUAUAUUAUUGCCCCUUGUGUACCAAGCGCCUUAUCAAAUCUGCAUAUAGACUUUCCCCCUUUGUCUGAUAACAAUUCUCAAAAUAUAAAUGUCUGAUUUAAAAUGUUUACUGGAAUUUACUGGUUUACUUCAUUAUUUUUCAUUACUCUUUCUGUGGUCUGUCUUGAUAAGCGGCUAAAGCGUUAUGAGUGAGGAGGCAUGAAAUUAUGUCAUGAUUUAAACUUGCAGCCUCAGUCAGAGGGGGCUGAGCAGUCACUGAGUAUUCAGGUACUAUAUAAGAAAAAAAGGAGAAAUGGUUCAAGGUCCAAAUCAUGGUUCCUACAUUCAGUCAUCGAUGGGGUUUUUUCCUGCCCCAUCAAACCUGUAAACACUCUCUGUUUUAUGAUUCUUUGCUGGUCUAACCUUGGAUGUUUAGCUCUGUUGAGUCCAAUUUGGAGGUGAAUGAUUUCCUUCUCCCAUUAGUUAACUGAUAGAUACGACAGGUAAUCUAAGGUGAGAGACGGCUUCAUUAGUCAGGCAAUAAAUGGCUUCUAUGUACUUUAAAAGCAAUCAAACACAGAUGUAGGUUUUCUUAAGUAGCUUGAAUAGUAUUGUAUUGCUUUAUAGCAAGUGAAUUGGGCUGCAUGGAAAUCCCAGACAAGGAAAUACAGUCUGUGGCUUGUAUCCCGCCCUUCAAACUUUUAGAAUUGUUUAGUCCAAUGGUCCUCUGACACAAAAACAAACUGGUUAAUCUUUUUUUCCAGUAGCAUCACCACUAGGAUGCAUCCCAUGCAAUAGUUAUUGGAAACACUUUAUUUGCAGGUUAUCACUUAGCAAUAAUUUAUUUACAUAGCUCUUUCCUGUCCUGGAAAUAACUAUGUAAUUUGGUGCUAAUUACAGUUAAAAUACAAACUUCUAAAGUUUUAUUGUAGUUAGUUCAACUGGCUGCGUUGUGUUUACCAUUGAAAAUAUCAUUGGAAAUGUACUGAUCACUUUCCCUGUAGCAUCAAAUUACAUGUUUCUUUCCAGGAAUCUUCAGAGACAGUUGGAGAUUAUUGGAUGUUGAUGGACUGGUACAAUAUAGUGUUUCCUGUUUUUAGCUAAAUAGUGAUGCAGCCAUGAUACAAGUCUCUAUUCUGCACACUUGUGGCAGCAGUGCUGUUACCAUGCUCUCUGCAAGCAAUUAGCUGGAAAAUGCUGCAGAGGAGUGCUUGACUGUCCACCCUUAUUUUUCACUAAACUGUAGAUAUUCAUUCACCUCCAACACAAAGUGUUUAGGGAAAUUAAACUCAGCUUUAAUGACAUUAGGUCCAUCUUUUCAGAUAUUUUACCUGCUCCUAGUUCUUUCCCUUUGUCUCCCACUUCAUCAUCAUACAUACACUUAAAUCUGUCAUUACCCUGUCAAAUCUGUCAAAUGUUCUUGAGUUCUUUCGGGUUCUUGAAACACGGAUUUACUGUCAGUUUGUGCUAACUGGAGGUUUACCCAUGUCCACACAAAUUCAUCCUCCUCCAUGGAGACUCAAUUAAACAGCUCUGCAGACACAUCCUCAACCAAUUGCAGAUGCUCUGUGGUAAAUGCAUCAUUAGCAUCUGCUUCAAAUUAAGAAUAUCACAAGACCAGAAGGCUUUUCAUUUCAUCCGGAAACAGAGAAGUGCAGGAAUUUAAUGAACCUUUUCUAGAUGUCAUUAUGAUGUUGACCAUCAGAGUGAUGCAGGGAGAAGUAUUCUCACAUCACAUACUUAAUACUUUUAACCAUUUGCUGCUUACUAAUGAACCAUCUACACAGAUUCACACUUGUGUCUGCAUGUACACUUGCAGUUGGCAGCACUAUGAAAACAGAUGAGGUAAUAUCUGGGUUCUGAAGCACUGAAUAUUUAAUGAGAGUAAUUUUAAUGAGCUGAUACAGUACAGUAUGAGGGUCUGAUGCAUUUUAAAUAGUCAGCAGCAUCAAAUAGUUUUCGUUGAAUAUCUCUUGACUGAUUUCUCAUGUUUUCUUUUCAAUGUUGAAUCACUGAAUAUUUUAUGUUUACUGAAAGUUGUUACAUGUCAUAGCUGAUGUUCAGACAUCACAAUGAUGUUGAAAUGAUGUGUGAUGCUGCAUCACCAUUGAAGUACAGGACUGCAAAAGAGGACUUGUGUUUCCCACAACGCAGAUGCUGUUCUUUAUGUCUUGAUUUAUGUUGCCAGGAACUGUUUUGUUUACCGUUUAGCUCGCUGCUUGUGGCCUGUUAAGGAUGAGCCGACUCUGUGCUUCAGAAAAAGUUCAAACUUUGCACUUUGACUGCCUCCUUUGCUGACAGUCAUGACGAUGAAUUGCUUAUUCUUGCUUUGCCAGCAUUCACAAACUGUUCAGGAAAGGCCUUCACUCGCUGAGGGAGAGGAGGGUGGAGGUGUUGGUGGGGUCGGGUGAAAAUUGUUCAUUUUGGAGACGAACAACCUCAAAGAGGCGCUUCUUCUGCCCUCGGAGACCGUUACUUAGCAACCGGAAGCCACGUUGCCAAAACUAGGUCCUGUCUUAGUUUUUUUUUUUUUUUUUUUUUUUUUUCCUCUUUUUGUUCACGCGGUAACACACUGCCCUCACUCCUCCAUCUGUCUACACACCACUUUCUUUCACACAUUCUCCCUCCACUUUCUCUGACUGGUAAAAGCAACACCUCCCGAUGGGGGGGGGGGUACAGUCAAGGCAACAGUUUUUGAUUUGCUUUUCACUGAUCUGUUGUUUCACGUUUUUCACAGGGUGACUCUCAAUUUCAGUUUCUCCUCUUCCUCCCUCUCUCUUUCUCUCUAUCGUGAGUCAGGUUGAAGCCUGGGGGACAAGCUCACUGGUGCUUCUGCAGACCCCCUCCCCUCCAAAAAAAAAACAUUUCCUCUUCUCUUCACAUCUUAUGGAGACAGGACAGGAGUAACCAAGACAACUCCCUUUAAUAAAAUAACUGACAGAUACAGAUUCUCCACACCUUUCCUCAGCUGGUUUAUGAAUGCUGACUCUUGAUCUGUCUUGCUGUGCCCUCUACUUGUUUAAAGAAAAAUAUCCAUCUUGAUGCUGUAUUGUGAUUAUAUCCAAUAUUUAUUGUUAUGUAUGUAUAUUGUGGACGCAUGGACCUCUGUACAUACUGUAAUUUGAGCUCUCAAAUGCAUAUUUAUGGGUCUUAAUCUAGAGAAUGUACUUACUGUAGGAAUAAUUUAUAUUUUCUAUCCGUUUAGGAUGAUAUGCCAUUUUUAGGAGGUCAGUGGGUGUCUCAGAAAUAAAAGCCCCCCCCCCGGGUUUUCUGCGUGCUGUAAAGUGUGAUGGUGCACUUCUGUUAAAUGACCCCCCCUCCUCCCAAUCUUUCUUUUUGAAUUGACUGUGUGACUCCUGUCCUAGAGGUUUCCUGUCUCAUCUCCCUGCACCGGUGCUCAGCACUGACUGAAUGUGUGUGGAUGAGGGUAUGUAUGUGAACAUGGGGAAAAAAGUGUGACUUUGUGUGUCUGCAACAUGGUUUACUCUUCAGCACUUGUCUAAUGCUGCAGUUUCUAUGGAAUUAAAAAAAAUGUGUACAUCAAUAA